ACAACGCAGUACCGAGCUCUGCGAACUGUGACGCGCCUCCGCGUCCCAGACCAGGAGUCCGUCUUUAGUGAUAGUUUCGCUAUCGACACCGUCGGUUCCGUCAUCACGGUGGUCCAUCGUAUCCUUCCGAAUCCAUCGACUUCCGGAGUCACGCUGAUCGCGCCUGCGUACUUUCAACGGCGGAUUAAAGGGGAUCGCGUCGGAUAUCGACGACGAAGGGUCGCGUUACGUCCGAUGUGUCACUUUCGGAAAAUUAGAGAAUUUGAUUCUAACUAAUCGCCGGUAUCCACGAUCGAUCGUCGAUUGGAAACGAUACCGACGAUGACAUCGUGACGCGCAAUUUUGCGUCGGGCAAACGCGACGCACGGAUAUUACUAUCAAAUGGAGAAGCAGUGAAUGAUUACUUCGCGGAUGAUAGCGGAAGCCGAGCGUCGAUUUUCUCGAUCGAGUUUGCGACCGCGUAGAUGGGUAUGCGAUGAGAGGAGGUGUUUAUCGGGAAAAUAGAUCGAAAUGGGAUCGUGAGCUGCGACUACGAUGAUGGCGUAUUCGUUGCACGAGAUCGGGAUUAGUUAUGGCUCGAGGCUCGUUCGCGAUACCAUCGUCGGGAGAGUGAUUUCGAUAGCGUCGCCCGUUACGCGCGUGUGAGGUGAUAAAAUUGAUGCAAUUCUCAUCUUUUUGCGAUGUGGCAAAACGCUCGCUUUAGAUAGACUGAGAAAUUUCUCGAGGACAACCGCGAACUCUUCCUUGCAGCGUCGCUCGAAUGCACUUGUUGCGUAACGAGAUAUAAGAAUGCGAGAGUGUUGAAAAAAAAAAGAUCGCGCAUUUUUGCGAUUAUUCGAUCGAUCGAACUCUCGGACACGCAUAGUGACAUCGAAAGCGAUGCCUAGUGAUCACGCGAGCACACGUCAUCGCUCCAUUUUACGUCUUUCAUUGAGUGUGUUACGAGCUAGAAGAAAACACGACAUCCGCCGCAUGGCUCGACUCGGUGUACUGGUACACCGUGGCAGAGCGAACAAUGGAUAUGAGAAGAGCAGAGGCUAAGUAGCUAAGGCUGCAGGUACAGGAACGGAGUGGGUGCGAGGGGAAGAUUGGAGAGAGGCGCGCAGCCGACCGAAAGCGAGAGUGAACGCGAGAGAGACAGGCACGGGGGGCAAACAGAGAGGGAGGGUCCGGGAGGAUCGGCUAUUGUGAUAAAGUCGGGGGAGAAGUGUGGAGUCGUACGAAAAAUGAGGGAGCACGGUCUGUUGGAUGUGUGGCGGCUGGUGUGGUUGCUCUGCCUCGUUUUAGCGACGGGUUUGGCGCAAAUAUCGCUGGUCUGUCCGACCCACAACGACAUCUCGCCCUGUUACUGUAACAUGAAGAAAUCCGGCCUGGACAUUGUGUGCGAGAUCACCGACAUGCAACACAUCAGCAAGGCCAUGUCUGUGCUUAAAGCUAAGCCGAACAUCGUGAUAUUCUAUCUUAGACUUAGGCACAACAACCUGCCGAAGUUGCAGGGAUACGUAUUCCUUGGGCUCGACAUACGCCACCUCACCAUCCAUAAUAGUAGCCUCGCGGUGCUCGAGGAAUCCUCCCUUAGUUCUAUCGGAACGGGAUUGACACAGCUGGAUCUUUCCCAAAAUUCGCUGAGUAGUGUCCCAUCCAAUGCAUUGAGAGACCUCCAUCAUCUCCUGAUUUUGAAUUUGAAUCGUAACAAAAUCACAGUUGUGCACAACAAAGCUUUCGAAGGUCUCGAUACACUUGAAAUCCUAACGAUGUAUGAAAACAAAAUAUCUUCUAUAGAGGCAGAUGCAUUCAAAGGACUCGAUAACCGGAGACUCAAGAGGCUUAAUUUAGGCGGAAAUGAACUUACGAGGAUCCCAACUCAAGCUUUAAAUUCGUUAGAGUUGUUGAAGAAAUUAGAAUUGCAAGAAAAUCGCAUAACAACUAUAGAAGAAGGCGAAUUCGAAGGAUUGAAAGCACUCGAUUCAUUAGGAUUGGCGCACAAUCACUUGCGCGAGGUCCCGGCGCGUGUAUUCUCCCAUUUGACGCAAUUAAAUUCUUUGGAACUCGACGGAAAUCAAAUUACCCAUGUGGAUCCCAAUGCAUUCAUCGGUCUAGAAGAAAAUUUACAAUAUUUACGAUUAGGAGAUAAUAAUUUACAUUCGGUACCGAGCGACGCUCUACGACGUUUGCAUCGCUUGCGUCACCUUGAUUUGCGGGCAAAUAAUAUUACUUCACUUCCGGAGGACGCUUUCACGGGCUAUGGAGAUUCCAUUACUUUCCUUAAUCUGCAGAAAAAUAUGAUUAAAGUUCUUCCGCCUCUGGUAUUCGACAACCUUAAUUCGCUGGAAACUUUGAAUUUGCAAAACAACAAGCUCCAACAUAUCUCAGAAGAAGUCACAGAAAGUAUCGUUGACACUUUACGCCAUAUUGAUAUAACAGAUAAUCCUCUGAUUUGCGACUGCGAUCUACGAUGGUAUUCCAUAUGGCUCGGGAAUCUGCGCGACAAGGACGACGAGAUGAUGUCAAAGAAGCGAACGAUCUGCACGAUGAUUUCGGAGCAUCGCGAGUACUCCGUGCAGAAUAUUCCGCUCGAGAGGAUGGGUUGCACAGGCAAAAAUGCCGGUAAAUACUCGUCGUCGAGCACCGGAUGUAAAACGUACGUCGACGCGUUACCGAUGUUGCUUCUCGUUGCCGUUCUGGUGUAAACCGGCGAAAGUGCGCUACUUCGCGAUUACAAUACCAUAGACUUUUCCUUUCGACGCCAACGAGAUGGGAUUAACGAUUACGUUUAGCAUCAACGUUUGCAUUAAGCGUCGCGAAUCAUGAUGAGUUUUCGGUUUUGUUAUUCAAGUUUAAUGAGAGAGAGAGAGAGAGAGAGAGAGUGAGUUUUCAUGACACGAGAGAUUUUCCUCGCUUGUUUCCCUCCUUUCCUUUUCGAGGUAAUCGUGACGCGAUAGCGGAGACGUGUCACGAUUCCGCGAUCAACAUCUUCGUCGACGUAAGCCAGUCUUUUGUAGAGAAACCGAAGUGAAACUUUACCAUCGUGCGCGCAAUAAUUUAAUAUACUCAUAGUGAGUUGUGGCCUGUCAUAAAAAUGACGUAAGCGAGCUUCGACGCGAAAUCUUGACGCAUCAUCACGACCGAAUA